ACUUUUUUAAAUUUAAGCCUUUUGAUAUAUUUCCUCGAUGCACGUUGUCAGUUUUGUCGGAGCCAAGCUGCUUGCAGUCCAUAACUAUGUCUGGUAAUCGCUAUGCAAGACCACCGAAUACAUCUCUUUAUAUACGAAAUUUAAGUUCUUCAACGAGGAGUGAUGACUUGAGAAGGAUGUUUGCAAAGUAUGGUCCGAUACGUGACAUCUACAUUCCUUUGGAUUAUUAUACUCGUGAACCAAGAGGCUUCUGUUAUGUUCAAUUUGAAGACAUUAGAGAUGCAGAAGAUGCUUUAUAUCAUGAAUCUCACGCAAGGUUGCAUGGGCGAGAACUUGAUAUUCAAUAUGCUGAAGGAGAUAGAAAAACACCUGGUCAAAUGAGAACUCGAGAAUCCACUGGUUCUUAUUCAGAUAAUGGCAGGUUUGGAGGACGUAGGGGAGGUCGAUAUUCAAGAAGUCGCAGCAGGUCAAGGUCACCUAGACGUCGACGCAGAUACUCUUCUAGAUCUCGUUCUAGAAGCCCACGAAGGAGACGAAGUGUUUCUAGAAGUCCAGUAAAGCGUUCACCUUCUCAUAGCCCUCGUAAAUCAUACUCUCCUGGUAGAUCAGCUAGUCCCCGAAAGUCUCGUAGUGCUAGCAGAUCUAGAUCUCGGUCUAGGUCCCGUGGUUCCUCUACAAAAGAAAAUGGAGAUUAAAUUUAAUAUUGUUUAAACAUCUAGUGCUUAAAUAAAAUUCAAUUCUGAUUAUGGCUUAGUAUUUGCUGUUUAUUUAGGAAUUAUAUGCUUUAAUCUUACUUUGUAAAUAGUUUGACCAAAUAAACAUUUUAUUCAA